UGUCAGCUGUCUGCAUGACCGACCGUUCCGGUUUCUCUGUCGCUUAAUUUAGGGUUAAAUAUUAUUUUGGCGGAAAUUAUUCUAAGAAAAAGUGGCCGCUUUUUCCAAGAUGGCAUUAAAUUUACAAUACGAAGCUAUAGGAAAAGGAUUCGUACAACAAUAUUAUGCAAUGUUUGACGAUCCAGCGCAAAGGCCUAGUUUAGCUAACAUGUAUAAUAUCGAGAGUUCGUUUAUGACGUUCGAAGGAGUGCAGCUACAAGGAUCUGUGAAAAUAAUGGAAAAAUUAACAAGUCUAUCUUUCCAAAAAAUUAAUAGAAUUAUUACCGCGGUGGAUUCGCAACCGAUGUUCGACGGCGGGGUGCUAAUUAACGUCUUAGGUAGAUUACAGUCAGAUGAAGAUCCUCCACAUGCAUUUUCCCAGACAUUUGUUUUAAAACCUUUAGGAAACUCGUUUUUUGUUCAGCAUGACAUUUUCAGAUUGGGAAUUCAUAAUACAGCUUAAGUUUACUUGAGAUUCAUAUGCAAACAUUAUUCACUCCCAUGUAUUCUACUUGUUUUAAUUAUUAAUAAAUGCUUGUAUAAGUCACAAAUACAAUUUUAUAAACUUUA